CUGCUAUGGGAUAUGGUGACUUCCUGUUUUGAAAAAAUGUAAAGAAAGCGUGUUGAUCGACAUGUUUCUGUUGUGAUGCUUAUGUUGUGCAAGGUAUUCGGGACCGGUUUGCUUCUUGCCCUCCUUUUAAAGUGUGCACACGCGCUAAAAGAAGAAGAUGAAAAAUAUCUGGAAGCCAUUUUUACCAAAGUUCUGGGGGAUCUGUCUUCACCCCAAAACAGGGACUACUUCCGUAAUUACUGCGCACGAAAAGUAAACCCUCUUUGUCCCAGGAAGUGGUUUUUCUCUAAGAAGACCAAGCGGAACUUUUUUAAGCCUGGAGAAACACAACUUAAAAAGGAGAGAUUCUAUCAAACCUAUUACUGCUAUAAAUUCAAGCAAGUCAAACUGUGUCCAGUGGAUGGCAGUUGGGGUGCUUGGACAAAGUGGUCCAAAUGUGGGAGUAAAUGUGGUUUGGAGGGAAGUCAAAACAGAACCCGGUCAUGUAACAACCCUGCCCCCCUGAGGUUUGGUAACCACUGCAAUGGUACAAAAGUCGAUAGUCGGACUUGCAAAAGACACUGCAAAAAAGAAGUCACAAGCAGAAAAGAAGCACGGACUUAUCUGAACAUGAUGAAUCACGCCUUUCCUAAACUGAAGCAUGAAUGCAGAUCAGGGCAUUGCACAUACGACGAUCUAUCUCACUAUCUUUCUGGCAAAGAAAAGGAGAAGUACUGGGCCAGCAUGCAUUGUAUCUAUUUUGAUCGCGAGUGUCCGGUGGACGGAGGGUGGUCCCACUGGACGGAGUGGACAUCAUGUCAGCCGGUGUGUGGGUGGGGCUAUCGUCAUAGGGAGAGAUCGUGUAACAAACCCGCCCCUAAAAAUGGCGGAUACCAGUGUUUAGGAUCCGCCUACCAAAACCACCAGUGUUUUGGUACAGAUUGUACCAAAGCAGACUUAAUCUAUGGACACCACUUAUCCGAUUGGUCUGAAUUUACUCCAUGUUCCGUCUCCUGUGGAAAAUACGGAAUUCAAGUAAAGAAGCGAAUAUGUCUGAAGCCAUACCACUGUACCCAUCAGUUAGGGAAGAAUGUCAACAAAAUAAAAAUCAUCAAACCAUGUUACCAAGGCGAAUGUCCGGUUAAAGGAGGCUGGUCCUCUUGGCAGAAGGUGAAUUUUUGUUCCGCCCGCUGUGGCACUGGCAGGAAAUUGAAAAUUCGUCUGUGUAAUUUACCAUUCCCAACCGGAAGUGCUUCCUGCAUUGGCAAUGAGGUGGAGACCAGUAUAUGUAAAGGCCCUUGUGAUGACAAUUGGAACAAUGAUGUUAAAGACUUCAAGAGAACCGGAUCAGAUAUGAAAAUAGGUCCAAAAUCAGAGGAUACGCCUGCCACAGGAGACCGGUUCAGUAUUCCACUUAUAAAGAGUAGGGAGACGAAUUACACCCAGUGGAGUGAGUGGACGCCCUGUACCAAGUCCUGUGAAGGGGGGUUCAGAUGGAGGGAGAGGGCGUGUAAAUUAACGGGAAAAUGCUCGGGAGAAAUAUUUCAGAGACAAAUGUGUAACACAGCCAAAUGCCCAGUACAGGGUGGUUGGACUGAUUGGAUGGGAUGGUCCGUCUGCUCUGUGACGUGCGGUCCGGGUGUGCAGACGAGAUACCGGAAAUGUGAUAAUCCUUACCCGCAGGCCGGCGGAACUUGCGCAGAGUUUUCCUCGGAGAAGAGGAAAUGUGACACGAAACCAUGUAAAAAAACACAUUUUCGAUACGGUGAGUGGAGCUCCUGGAGCAAUUGUUCUCAUCCCUGUGGACAGAAAGGGACACGCGUCAGGACCAGGGGAUGCGUUAUCCUCCCCAAAGGAGAAGUAAGCUCAGUACAUACACAGCGCCUUAUUAAAGAGACUAAAACACCAACCAAACAGCGCUCAAACGUGCCCCAAAGUCUUCCUGCGGACAAAAAGCAAUCUUCUGGCGGUCUGACUGAUAAAAAGAAUCAUUCUCCUGUAAAGCAUGGAAAACGAAAAGAGACAUUACCAUAUGAGGAUUAUUUACAAACUAGGUAUAAUGCAAAACAAUUAGCAGAAAGACAAAAGAAAACAACUAAAAUUGUGAAACAGAUUUCACCAGGGCGAAAUAAACGUUCUCGCAGACGAUCAGCUUACUUGCUAAGACCAAAGAACUCGAAUCUUCCAGCAGAUGCGAAAGUGCUACGGAAGUGUUCAGCUCAUGGCACGAAGAUGGUCAGCAGAUGCAAUGUCAGAAAUUGUCCAGUUGAUGGAAAGUGGGCAAACUGGGGUAGUUGGACAAAGUGCAGUCAGACCUGCGGACAGGGCAUCCAUCUUCGUGAGAGAACAUGUACUGACCCAUUUCCUAACGGCGGCAAAAUUUGUGACGGAUCUGGUACAGAAAUUGCCCACUGCUUUCGAGAGCCAUGUUCAGAUCCCGAAAAUAAGGGAGUUCAUCUGCAUAACAAAAGUUAUCUUACCUACAAAGCACAUCGAAGAGCCACCCCGUUUUUGCUGCUGUAUGUCCUGUUUAAACCUGAGAAGGACUCGGGGGUGAUGGUCCGCCGGUACCGACACUGCAGUACUGGCAGAUGCGCUCACGAGUUUGAACUCUCUCUGGACAAUGGUCAACCCUGGCUGGAGGUGUCCGAUGGGAAAUACAAACUUAAUCUAAAAUAUCCUAAUAAGAUAAAGAAAAAUAUUUGGCACACAAUCAUGGUUUGCAUUUUCAAAAAGCGGGCGUUCAUGAGAGUAGAUGAUGGUAAACAUUUGAACACCACCGUAAAGUGUAAAGGAGAAUUAAAUUUUGACGCAGAGAUGACGGUAGGCUGGGAUAAACACAGAAAAGAAAGAAUAGGAUUUACCGGCGUGAUUGGUUCGUUGAGAGUGAAUUUCCGAGCUGUAAGUCUGUUUGAAGACGCGUCGAAAUCUGAAUAUGGCGCUCCUAUCAAAAGUAUCGACGUUAAAGAAAAACAAUUAGAGCCAACGGUUGCAUAUCCUAUAUUCCAUGGAAAUAACUACAUGAAGUUGUCAGUACUCGGCACGACGAGAUUUUCCGUAGAAAUCGUUUUUUCGCCGAUGAAGAUGGAUGGUCUUCUGCUUUUUAAUCACGGAGUUGAAGCAAAAUCCGUUGUGUAUUUAAAGAUUAAAAAAGCCGUUCUUGUUUUUUGCUUCAACUGUGGAAAGAAGAUGGUGUGCACUGAUCUGACGGACAUCCAGCCCGAUUCCUGGUAUCACAUCUCUCUGGCCGUCAGAAAAACCACAGCCAAAUUAAGGGUGAACGCCGGACCGUCCAUUGAACUCGAGUCCUACGGGUCUUCAUUUUCACCAGGCAGAACUUUAUACGUCGGUGGAGGAGAAAGAGCUGAUAGAUAUCAACUCCACAAAGAUGUCCAGACAACUGUUGGGUUUAUGGGGUAUAUCUACAGUCUUAGAAUAAAUGGUCAAAGGGUGGACAUGAAGGGGGCAGCAAUAAUGAACAAAGAUGGUUUUCUGAAUUCAAUGGGGGUGACUUAUUCAGCUAGUGACAUCAUUAGAGAAAGCGAAAGGAGUGACGUAUUAUUAAAAUGUGAUUAUACUUACUACAUAAGAAAGUCGAUCGAUGUGGACGUCAUGUGGUUUAAAACUGAUGAAGUCAUUUACCCAAAUGAAAAUGGAUCAUUCAAAAUACAUCAAAGGUUUCGAGGACAGCCAUAUACUAGUGGAUUAGAAUUGUUUGGUAAAGGUCACAGCGGAAUCUAUCUGUGUGCAGUUCAUCAUGCCGGUGUGAUGGUGGUUCAGCAUGCGUUUAUAAUAGAGGAACCGCUUCCGAAGACACAAUGGACAAUUGUAAAAGAAGAAGAGAUGGGUGUCCGUAUUGUAGCUGCUAUUGUACCUCUGCUAUUUCUGGCCUGUUUGUGCUUUGUAUGUGGACAAAAAGUGGAUGCUAUACGAAAGUCUAAAAUGGUGCGUGGGAUGGCUAAGGUAGAGAAGCUAAGGAAAGAAAAAGAAAAGACAGAUCAAGAAAGAGCGUUAAUAGUUGAUGCAAACCAAUUUGAAGACGCUGAUGAAGAUACCAGCAAUGUAAAUACACCACGUGAUGACGACACUAGCAAUUUAAAUUCAAUACGUGACGAAGAUACCAGCAACGUCACAACACCACGUGACCGUGGUUCUGGUCGGUUCUCGCCUCACAAUGAAGAUGAUGAAAAAGGAAUUUAUGACACAAUUGCAGAUAUGGAAGAUAAUCUUUAUGAUGUACCUCAAGGAAAUCCAAGACGAAUUCAGGACAAACAGGUGUAUUUUCAAGAAUUUGACAACAUGUAUGAGAGACCACAAACAAGAUAUGAAGAUUAUCCAGUAAAAGAUGAAGAAGAGAACAAAGAAAUGAUAGAUGAAGCGUUAGAUGCCAUUAUACAAAAAGCUAGUAAAGGAUCCGUUCACCAGAGGGAGUCUUUAAGGAGACGCAGUAGGGAAGACGGUUCAAAACAAAUGCAAAGUGAAGAUGAAGAGGGCGACGUUAUUUUACGAUCAGACAAUUUGUCAAGGACAACUUAUCUGGACACACUUAAAAAACGGCGAGAGGCUAACAUGCAAGAUAGGUCCAUUCAUGCAGUGAUCACUGCGAGUCCGCAAGGCAAUAGAAUUUAUGAAACAAGGGGCACUUCCGUGCGUGGUCUCUCAUAUGAACGACCAAGGGACACGACGGUGUUAAAUUCUGAUGAUAUAAAUGAACAAGAUUACUAUUUGGGUGCAAAUGCAGCAGACUUGUAUGUAAGACAUUCAGAGACUUCUGCCAGGCAUAAACCUGUAAAUAGCAGAGACUCGGUUAACAAAACAAAAUACGGUGCCAAUGAUUCAAGAAGCAGUGUGGUCGAAAAACCAGUGUUGCCAAACAUUGCUUCUGAUUACGGGCACGAAGGUGGGAUGAUACUUAUGGAUGACAUGGAUACCUAUUAUGUUAAUACUCAUCCGCCAUCUUAUCCAGGUGAACCUGUGUAUGCUAACCGUGGGGUGAACAACACAAGUAUAAAACGAGAAGAUUCUUUAAUAUUUAGGACACGCAAUUUAGAGGAAGAUCCUAGCACCCCAGUUAAACCUAAAGAUGAUAAUGCCCGUCUUUCUUUUAUUCCUCCCCACACCUACAGUGACCACAGAUACGCAAGGAUCAGCGGAAUGGAGAUCUUUGACAAUGACAACAUCGCAGAGCGUGAAGUAGUAUAUGACCAGACAACUCCCAAACAAAUGAGAGGAGUUUCAAAUGGAGAACAAAAUUUUGUAGUUCCUAUAGCACCCCCACCACCAGUGGCACCACCCGCUCCGUUUCCUCCGCCCCCACCGCCACCAUCACCACCACCUCCAGGAGGCUCCAGGGCCAAAAAUAAAUGAAGGACAAAUUAAAUUAUUAUUAUAUUGAAAUAUCAAUUUUUUCUCCAUAUUUACGUAUUUAUAUAAAUGAAUAAUGUUUUAUUUCGACAUGAGUUUUUAACAUAUUGAAUGCUCCUCCUUUUAAGUGUAUCACUUAUAAACUUAAAGUAUGUGGAUUAAUUGUACAGAUAAUUCUGUUUAAUUUGUGGGUUCUGAAGUGACAUCAACCAGUAGUGGUUAUCAGUUUUGUUGGAAUGGAACGUUUUAGUUUCUUUUUGAAGAAUUUCUAUUGUUACAUAGUAAGAUAACCAUUUCUUUGAAAAUAUCGUUGCAGUGUUUAAAGUCACCCAACCUUAUGCGAAUAAUAAUGCAACAUUUGAAACGGGGAUUUUAAUAAGGUAUUGGAGAGAGCGAGAGACUUACAUGUACAUGUACCACUUCUGUAAGAUUUAAACAUUGCAAUGAAUUUGUACAUAUCUAUAUAAAAAUUUUUAUUUUUUACCGAAGUAACGAUUUUCAAUCUAACAUUCUAUUUUAUGGUAUUAUUUUUAAACAGACUGUCAAUCAGAUUGGCUAAAUAAUGUAUUAUAGAACAACUGUUCUAUAAACACUAGAAUGAAGCAGGUCGUACAAGACUAGGACAACA